AUGACGCAAAUCGAUGGUAAUUUGUCGGUAUCGACAUCGGCUUAUGAGUGUAAUGCUAUUUUAACAAAUGCUCAUCCCAAGGUGGUCAGCGAAGCGGUUGAGGCGACGAAAGCGGCGUAUUCAUCCUUCGAAGGUAGAUUCACGGUUCUAAAUGGGGAGUCCAGCGACUGUCGCCGAGGGGAAGUUCCAUGCGAGGAUUUAGACGUGGGAUCUGAUAUACUCAACAUUUGCAUACAUUUAGCCUUCGCAUUCUGCAUAGUUCUGUAUCUGGAGCUUAUGGCGAAGGAGCAGACCGGAGGUGAUGAUCGGAAGUGGACCAGAAGGAGAUCGGAGCAAUCGGAUGGCGAAAGCUUGACGGAACAGAGCAUUGAGCAAAGGAAACAGAGUGCUUGA